UCGACCAUGAACAGAUUUUGCAUGCAUCUGAUAAAAGAGAAUAAAGUGCUUGAUCUAUCAACAUGGAAUCUGUAUCAUUUUUUUAACUAUAAUUAGUAGUAUCACGUUGUGUAACUUUUUUUUGGAUAAAGUGUAGGAAUGUUCUUUGUAUAAUACCAUAACCAUUCACACCUAUAGUUAAAAACAUGAUUAUUAUGUUCAUGAUUAUUCUGUUCAUACCAUUUUGAAAUAGCAUAUUAUUUUUUCUUAAUUUUUCUGAAAAAUGACAAAACAAGUUGCAUACUUUUGAUUGAAUGCAUUUUAUUUACAGUACUGCAGUGUACUUACAUGUAUCAUGCAACAUGUACAUGUAUGUUGAUGUGUUAUCCAUAUUUGGAGACAUUCAAAAUCAUUCACACCCUUUGUUAUUUAUUUUUGGUCAGUAUGGAGGUAGGAUUUGUUUAAUACUUGUAUUGUAUUGAUCAUUUACAUUAUCCAAAGCUUGUUGAGUGGUCAGUACACAGAGUACAUACCUACAUGUAUUCAGAUUUCACAUCAAAAUGUUGCAUUCUAAAUUCUUAGGUAAAAGAAAUUGUUCAGUAGUUUAUUAAUAGACUCUGGAUAAUGUUAUUCAAUAUGGCCUUUGUAUAUAUACUGCCUGUUUUGCCUUUUACUGUAAAUAUUCAAAUAUAUUUAUUGAUAAUGAUUUUUUACAAUUUUUCUCAUUUAUAAUAUUCCAACAGGCUGAUGCAUAUAUUCACAAAGAAGGCUACUGUAUGUGGUAUGACCAGUGUGGAAAAGAUGCCCUAACCCACAAAUCCCUAAACUGCCUUUACAACAAACCAGCGAAAGUUCUUGAUGACCAAGCUGGUCUCCAGAUCCUUGAGCAGCUGUGUCCAGAGAUGGUGGCAGCCAAUAAGAAUGAAACCAAGACAUGCUGUUCUCCAUCCCAGCUUCAGACAUUCCAAAAUAACAUGAAAAUUCCUGAUGAGACAAUGAGUAGGUGUCCAUCAUGCUACAAGAACUUGGUCAACAUCUACUGCCAUUUGACAUGCAGUCCAGACCAGAGUAUCUAUGUCAAUGCAACAAAAACCAUGCCUUACCCUUCUACACCACCACCAGCAGCAGCAGAAAACACAAUACAUGAUAAAGACUCUGGUCAACGUAGCAUCACUGAGGUUUCUUACUACAUCCUGAACGAAACUGCUCAAGCAAUGUUCAACUCUUGCAAGAACGUUAACUUUCCCAGUAGUAACACAAAGGUUCUCUCGUUGUACUGUGGCUCUUAUGGAGCAGCUCACUGCACUGCACAACGCUGGUUGGACUUUAUGGGGGACAAGAACAACCAACAGACACCCUUUCAGAUUGAUUUCAAUCUGGGUGGUGCCCCUUCGCCUAUGGAACCUAUGGACACUAGGGUUUAUGCAUGCAAUGAGUCAACCAACAACAACACGCAACCAUGCAGCUGUCAGGACUGCCCCAGUAGUUGCCCACCCUUACCGCCACUUCCCCCUCCCCCUCCUCAAUUCCUCAUCUUUGGUGUUGAUGGUUACAUAGUUGUCUUUUCUGUUGCAUAUGCAGUCUUCAUUGCACUGUUUAUUCUCUUCAAUGUCAUCUGUAUGUGCUGCAAGAAGGGAGGUGAGAACCUGAGCGAUUGCUGCGAUGAAAAUUCAACAGCAAUUAACUCUGUGAACGAUGGCCAAUUGCGGGAGAUUUCUGAGGAUGAGGUUGGUUGCAAGGCCUCCUGUGGAAUGGCAUUCCAGAAACUCUUAGAACUGUGCUUCAGGAAAUUGGGUACCAAUGUAGCUAAGCAUCCACAUCUUGUUCUUGUCCUUGGUGUCAUGGUUGUAACAACAAUGACUGCAGGGAUUGUCAGAUUGAAGGUUACAACUGAUCCAGUAGAGCUGUGGUCACCACCAACCAGUGAGUCUCGCCUUGAGAAAAAGUACUUUGAUGAGAACUUUGGUCCCUUUUACCGUACAGAGCAGAUCAUAUUGACUGCACCUGAACGCAAGCCGUACAAUGUCUCCCGUAAUUAUCCGAACCCUUCUACAACCACCUACUCGGGCAUUCUAGACAUUGAUCUUCUACAUCAGGCUCUUGAUCUUCAGACUGAUGUGGUGAAUCUUAAGGUGCCUUUUGGUAAUGAUAGCUUUGUAACACUGAAAGACAUCUGCUAUGCACCUCUUGCUCCAGAGAACACACACUGUACUAUUGAAAGUGUGCUCAACUACUUCCAGAAUAGUCAUGAAAAUUUAGAUAAAGUUAAGAUGGACCCUUCACAGUUUUUCAUAGCUGCCGAUUACCAUGAGCAUAUCAUGUCAUGUGUUGGUGCCCCUGCAUCUCUUAAUGAUACCACUGCAUUACAUAUGCCUUGUUUGGGUACCUAUGGUGGUCCAGUAUUUCCCUGGACAGCUCUUGGUGGAUAUGAAGGUGAUGAGUAUAAUCUCGCUGAUGUAUUGGUGAUAACCUUCCCUGUGGUCAACUACAUCACUGGUGAUCCAAGGCUUGAAAAGGCUAUGGCCUGGGAGAAGGCAUACAUUGAAUUGCUUAAGAAUUACAGCAACUCAAACUUUACCGUUGCUUUCCAAGCAGAGAGAUCUGUUGAAGAUGAGAUCAAUAGAGAAAGUCAGUCUGACAUCCUUACCAUUGCACUCAGCUAUAUCUUCAUGUUUGCCUAUGUGACCUUUGCCCUUGGACAGAUCAACAGCUGCAGAAGAUUGAUGAUUGAUUCUAAGAUCAUCCUAGGUCUAUCUGGAGUGAUAAUUGUACUCAUGUCUGUAGCAUCAUCUAUUGGUGUCCUAAGCUGGGCUGGUGUUCCUGCAACCCUCAUUGUCAUUGAGGUAGUACCAUUCCUCGUCCUAGCCGUUGGUGUGGAUAACAUCUUUAUUCUUGUACAGAGGUACCAGAGAGAUCAGCGGUUCCCUCAUGAGAAUCGUGCUGAGCACAUCGGUCGUGUCUUGGGUGAGGUUGCUCCGAGUAUGCUUCUCACUAGUUCAUCAGAGUCUAUAGCAUUUGGUCUUGGUGCCAUGUCUAGUAUGCCAGCAGUGAGAGCAUUCUCUAUGUAUGCUGCUGUAGCUGUGGCUAUGGACUUUCUUCUCCAAAUCACUUGCUUUGUUGCUAUGAUGACUCUGGAUUCAUCACGUCAAGAGGCCAAUCGCUAUGAGAUCUUUUGUUGUUCUACUGACAAGGAUGCAGGCAAGCAACCAAAGGAACCUGGUAUCUUAUACAGAGCAGUCAAGAACUAUUAUGCUCCAUUCCUCUUCACGAGAGUUGUUAGAAUCUUAGUGGUGCUUAUCUUUGUUUUUGUCCUGUUUGCUGCAUGUGCGUUGAUACCAUCAUUACCAGUUGGUCUCGAUCAAAAGCUUUCUAUGCCAGAGGACUCUUACAUGGUUAAUUACUUUGAAUCAGAAGGAUCUCUUUUAAAUGUUGGUCCACCAGUCUACUUUGUGGUGAAGGAUGGUUAUAACUACACAUCAAUAGAAGGACAGAACAAGAUAUGUGGAGGAUCAGGAUGCAAUGAUAACUCUCUCACAUCACAAAUUUAUUUUGCCGCUGAACUUUCAGAAUACACAAGUAUUGCACACCCUUCAUCGUCAUGGAUGGAUGAUUUCUUUGAUUGGGUGAAACCCAGUGGUGAGCUAGCAUGCUGUAGGGUCAAUCAAACAGGAGACUUCUGUCCUGCAACUGAUACCACAGACAACUGUACCUCCUGUAGGCCGCUUUCAGAGAAAAACGCAAGACCUACCUCACAGCAGUUUGAAGAAUUCCUGCCUUUCUUUUUAGAAGAUAUCCCUGGAGUUGCCUGUAGCAAAGGAGGCAAGGCUGCUUAUGCUUCAGCAGUGAACUUCACAGAUUCAACUAAGAAUGAAAUCAGGGCUACUUACUUCAUGACCUACCACACCACCAUGAGGAAUUCUUCCACCUACAUAAAUGCAUUGAAGAUGGCUAGAGAGGUAUCAUCCAACAUUACAGCUAUGAUGAACAUCACUGACAAUCCAGAGUUUUAUGUCUUCCCAUACAGUAUCUUCUAUGUGUACUAUGAGCAGUACCUGACCAUUGUUCAUGAGACCGAGGUAUCUCUUGGUAUCGUCAUGGGAGCCGUGUUCUGUGUGACCUUUAUUUUCUUGGCCUUUGACUUCUUUGGUGCACUCAUUAGUACCUUGACCAUUGCAAUGAUUACUGUAGAUAUGAUGGCUAUGAUGUAUCUGUGGGGCAUUAACCUCAAUGCUAUCUCGUUGGUCAACCUUAUCAUGUCUGUUGGUAUAUCUGUGGAGUUCUGUUCACAUAUCGUCAAGGCUUUCACUCUCAGUACUAAGAUGACUAGGUUGGAGAGAGCAGAAGAUGCCCUGUCUCAUGUUGGGAGUUCAGUACUGAGUGGUAUCACAUUGACAAAGGCUUUUGGUAUCAUCAUCCUAGCAUUCUCCCAUUCUCAGCUCUUCAAAGUUUAUUAUUUUAGGAUGUAUCUUGGUAUGGUUGUAUUUGGAGCUACUCAUGGACUCAUCUUUCUACCAGUACUACUCAGUUAUAUAGGUCCUGGUGUAAACAAGGCCCGUAUACUAGAAGAGCAGGAGCAGGGUACAAGAAACCGAGGAGCGGAUAAUGAACAUCUCAUCCCAGCAAGGGAUUCUCAAGGAUAUUUCUAUGCAUGAGGACAUCACAUACUGCCUUUUUGAUAUUGUUUUAAUGAUCUAAGAAAACUAUUUAAUUCGAUUAUGAGUUAAUAUAUUGAGUGUGUGCAUGUGCUCCAAUGAUGAAAUGACCAACAUCUGGAAAUGCAUCAGUGAGUUUUUACCUGCCACAUGUAUUUUUUUAUACCCUUCUUUUCCAAGAACUAUCAUUGAAAUCUUGUUUUUUCAGGGGUAAUUUGCUGCUUAUUUGUGUCAUUUGUGGGGAUAGUUUGUAUAUGGUUAUGUCGGUAUCAGGAUUUGGUUGAUACUGUUUCCAUCUGAUUCACAGUUGUUUUUUUGUUUAACUAAUCUAUAUUUUUAUUGAUUAUAAUCACUAUCUGGUUGCGCUAAACAGUUUUAUAUCUUUUUAUAUCAUCUAGAUAUAGUGAUUAUUGUGGAAUGAAGAAUGAUACAUAAACAGCUUUCUCUGAGAAUACCGAUAUUUCUUAUGUUGUGUAAUGUGUGGUUGUGUAUCAGUUGUAAAACUGAUUUGGAAUCAGAAAGGGUAUUGACUGUAUGAAUGUUUAUCUUUCUAGCACUUUUUGCAUAUAUUGAUUUAUGUAUCAGCAUAUGUAAAAUGAGUUAAAUUAAUGAAUACAUGGAAUAUUAUAGUUAUAAAAACAUUCUUGUAUGUGUAUUGUAGUUAAGUCAAGAUUUGUUUAUGUAUAUUUAUAUGUUCAUGACUUGGCGAUAUUAGGUGAAUUAAGUUGAUGAAUAUUGCAUUAUUUCUUAGCAUUUCUGAUAAAAGCAUUUGAAGAAUUGACAGCAUAAAGUCCGUGUCUUUGGUCCUUUGGAAAUGGGGACUUUUUGAUUGAAUAUCUCUUUCUAGUUUGCAUCAUUUUUCUUCAAAUAUAGUUUUCUGGUCAGUAAUCUAUGGUCAAUCAGUGGUCAAUGAUAGUUUUAAUGUAAUUCCAGAAUCAAAUUAUCUGACAACUGAUUGAUUUUAUUUUUUGUCAGUUUUGAAUUCAAAAGAGGGUUUUGUUUGGAUGCAACUUAUAUUUAGAUAUUCUCUGAUAUACAAUCAUAAUGGCAUAUGGUUCAGGUAUGGUUUCAUAAGUUAUUAUCAUGUCUUUUUAGUUUUGUACAUUCUUUUCUAACUGAAAACAGCAUACACAGGUUUCAUUCUUACCAAACAUUUUUUUACAAAGUAUAAUAAUAAUAAUGAUACAAAGUAUAAUGAUAAGGCUUUUGUCUCUGUAGUUUAGUGUUAUUUGCUUUACGUUACAUUAUAUUUAUCCAGUAUUAAGUAAAGAAAGAUAAGUCUUUGACUGUUGCACCAAUUGACUAAGAGUCAAAGUAAUUUCCUUUACUGAAGUGAUUUAAUACAUCAUGAAAUGUCAUCAUACUGUAGUGUCCAUGAAUUAUUUAAUUUUCAGUUCCAAUGUUGAUAGUUAUCUCCCUAUCUUUCUUACCCCCUCUAUCUUUGAAUCACUCCCUUCUAUCUUUUCCUUCUUCCUGUUUGUGCAUUUGUGUGUGGGUGAGGGGGUGUGUGUAUGUGUGUUUUCUCUAUAUAUAUAUAUCUCUCUCUCUCCCUUUUUUUUUUUUUAAAUUAAUAUUUUAAAUACGUGUUAUCAUCAAUGUGUCAUUAUAUAUAUAUGUCAUAUUAUUUCUCAUGUUACUUUGACUGGACCUCUAGGAAGAACAGAGCCAUUAUAUCAAUGGCUCUGAAUAGAGUGAUCCAUCCGUAUAUUUUAUGUGCAUGUUUAUAUAUUCAUAUUUAAUAUAAUAUCUUGUGAAAUGUAUUUUAUUGUGAUUUUUAUACGGUAAAUAAAACCAAACCAAACCUCUCUUUUCCUGUAAUCAUGGUGUUACCAAGUUGGACAGAAUAUUAUUUCCAACAUGUGAUCCCAUGUUUAUCCGUUGCUAUAGGAUUCAAGUAAUGCAAACAAUGGAUAAAUUGAAUGUGUUUUUCUGCAGUAUAGAGAGAAGCAGGCACUGUUACUAUACAGGGGUGUGAGAGUUCAGAUUUUUUUUUUCCAGCUUAAUUUCAGCUUAUUUUUGGCCUUCCUCUGUACAAAAAGUAUGGGAGCUCUUUCUAUUUCAGACUUUUUCAACACUCCUCAGCUUUUUUCAGAUCUUUUUAUUUGUGACCACUCACACCCCUGCUAUAUGUAAUAUGGUAUUCUAGGAUAAUAUUCACUUUGUAGUAACUUACUGUAGUCUGUCGUACACACCAUUUACAAUUUAAAUAUGUAGGAUAGGCAUAAAGGGCAUAUUUAUGAUACACUAUGUUUUUUAUAUCUUGUGAAGUAGUGAGGUUAAGAAAGUGAAUGAUUUGACAUUCAAAUAUAUAUCAUGACCUUAUUAGAAUCACAAUGUAUCUCUAAGUUUUAAGGCAUUUUGCUUGCUAAAAUUACCAGAUGUUGUUCAUAAUAUUUUGUUAUUAAACUGACGAUGAGGUAGAGACCUUUCUCUUUAUUUCAUUUUAGAUUGAAUAAAUUUUACAAUCCUAUUUUAUCUAAUGCCAUAUUACUUCAUGAUAUUAUCAAGUUAAUAUUUAAAUGCCUUAAUUAAACACGUUUAUGAAGUAUUGUGUCAUUGUCAUUAGGUAUCUUGUUCUGUAUCUCUGCAGACAUACAUUUACACUAUGGCUAGAAUUAUGAUCAUUUUGAUCAACCGUGAUAUGUAUUUAUUUGUUUUUCAACAGUUGUAAUGAACAAAAGUAUAUGAGAUAUAGAAGCAAGACGUUGAAUUUAAAAGAUGCAUAUAAUUUUUAUAUACUAAGAAAAUGUAGUGAAGAGAGAUUGUGCCAUACAUGAUACCAUUAUUGUAUGUGUACUUUAAAUGAAUUUAUUUACUUCGAAGAAUUGACAUUAUUCUAGAUAUUUGAUAGGAAAUGGAGUUGUCAUGUAUAUGCAUGAUGUAGGUAUUUUCAGGCCAUGCUUUGGGAUCAUUCUGUAAGAGUGCAUAGUGAUGUUGAAUCCUUGCCAUUUACAAAAAAACUACAUUACCUUUGGUAGUGACAAUGGGCACCAUUUUAUUGUAUUAUCUGUAUUUCUUAUGCAUGUGGGAUGGUGCUGUGAUGGCCAUUCCAUGGGUUUGGAUAGGAUAUGUAUUGGUAAAUAGCAGGUUGAGCACUGAGCAGGUGGCUGUUUCAGGUGCUGUUCAUGAAGUUCAACGCUGCUUUAUGAAUGACCAGAAUAUGGUCAAGUGGUCAUGAUUCUUUUGUUUUUUAAUAUGUUGAUGAUUUACUCAUGUAUAUUUUAAAAAUGAGAAAAAAAUUCCAACAUGUGCACUUCUGACAUUUUACAAACGGCUGCACUACAUGCUUGCAGAUUCAAAUGAGCUCAUUCAGUGAUAUUUUGUCAAAUGGCAGCAUACUUAUAUCAUUCAGUCUUCAUUUCAAUACACAUAAGUUAUUCUGUUGGAAUCAGAAUUGAUAUGAAAACAUCAACAUUUAUGAUUAUUGUCUCACUCAUUUGAUUCAAAGGCUUUUUGACUUAUCAAGAUGAUUUUGACUCCCUGCUCAGCUUGUUAUUGCUGUGGGCACGUCGUCUGAUUUUUCUGACGGUUCUGACUCUUGCCUUGCAAACAGAGGGUCGUGGGCUCAAAUCCUAGCCAUGGCGAGUUUUCCUUCAGCAAGAAUAGUAUCCACAUUGUGUUGCACUCUACCCAGGUGAGGUGAAAGGGUACCCGACAUGAUUAAAUCCUGAGUGCCGGUGAUGGUAGCUCGAGCUGAAAACGGGGUAAUGAUAGCAACACUUUGUAUCCUCAGGCAAAAAGCGCUUUAUGAAUCCAGCUAUUAUUAUUAUUAUUACAGUUUCCACUCAAGCUUGCCAAGGUUGAAUUCAGGUUACAUGAAUAGUUGGGCAUUGCAAGAAACUUGCAACCAAUUGCAGAACAAGCGUAAUCGACCAUGCAAUAAAGUCAAGUUGCAAAUGAACACAAAUCAAUGUCAAAUUGGUUUUAAUCAAGGACUUACUCUUGAUUGGAAUUAAACAUAAGUGUCCAGUAUUUCUUUUAAGAAACAUUAGAUAAUGGAAGAGGCAGUCUUUUCAAUACAUUUGAUGUAGCUAAUGAUGCAAAAUUGACUUACCAUACAUGUAUUUAGGACCUGGGCCAUAUUCUUAUAAUCAUGUAACAGUAUCCUGUUGUCGAAUUGGUUUUGGUAAAAGCAGAAACACUGGAAAAAAAAUCAGCAAAAUCAGAUUGGAUUAAAACAAUCAUCAAAGAGUAAUAGAGUUAUGAACAUUGAAAGUUUUUAAUCUUAGUGACUUAGUAUUUAUUACAAAUUCUUUUUACGAGUUUGGUCAUUUAUAUCCCCCCAAAAUAAGAAUAUGUGCCAACAGAUCAGUACAAGAUUUUACAUAUUUCUUGAAUGUAAAUGCAUUUUCAUAUGUUGAUUGUCGUUGUAUAGAAUUGAGACAUUUCUGAAAUCAAAUUGAGCCUGUACUUGCAUCAUGCUUUUGAUUUCUAAGAAAUAAAAAUUUGCUAUGAUGUA